AUCAGUCCUCGGAAAUACAAUUAUAAUUGUUAAGUAGUUCAUUUGAUAUUUUAAUUCACUGUGGAUGUUAGUUCGUACAAAAAUGAAAAUGACAAACGUAUCGAAUAUUGCAAAAAUUUCAGUGGAAAAACAUGAAAGUAAGGAACAGUUUUUAUAUGAUUUAGACAAAAAUAUGCCAUUGUGUGAAUUGGUUAAAGAUAUUUGCAAACGUAGUGGAUUGCCCGUUUCGACUGUGUAUGGUUUGAAAUUGAUCCAAAUAAAAAAUGACCCUGUAAAUCCUGUGAUAGACUCUUACGUAUCUGAGAAGAACCUAAAGAACAUUCAACAUAAUGACUGUUUGAAGAUAGUAUUUUCAAUUGACUAUUUACUAAGAGACAGGAUAAUCCCCCAUAUUGAUGAAACUGGAAGCCUAGAAAGGGAAAUAUGUUAUGAGGCCUUAAAUAAAUUGUGCUAUGAUCCUGUAUUCAUCGAGGAACUAGUUGAAUCGGAAAACCAUCACAAGUUAAUCAAAACAUUCGUAAAUGAUGAAGAACUCAAAGAAAAUGAACUGAAGGCCUUGUUGGCAACAAUUUGUCAUCUAUUUCAAAAAGGUUUCAUUACUGACACUUCACACAAUUUUCUUCAAAAAACGAUCAAAAUAAUCAAGAAAGAUGUAGACAAUGACUCAAGAGAUCAUGUAAAAUAUGCACUAGCAAUUUUACAUAAAAUCCUUAUUCAGAAAGAUCCUACAUUCCUCAGAUGGAAAGAACAGAUAAUAAAAGAAGUACCCAUUACCUGUAUCACUCCUUAUUUUCUAAAUAGAAGUGCGGUGGGAAAACGUCUACAAUAUGGUGCUCUCCUUUUGAUAAAUACCAUCAUAAGGUUGUGUAAAGGAGACCAAAAGAAACAGUUGAUUAAAGAAAUGAACUUGGCCAAGAACAGGGAAAACAUUUAUAAAUAUAUAAUUGAGCCGGGAGAAUUGGAUAAGGAUAUGCAACAUGAGUUAUAUGUUAUUCAGACCUACUUGCUAAGUUUAUAUGACGAAGCUAUGAAAAGUGAAGUUAGUCUUACCGACAACAACGUGUUCAAAAGAGAAGAAUUUGAACUAGAAGAAGGUGAUAUCAAGAGGGUCACGGUGCUAAUGGAUUUUGAUGAAGUUGACAUAUCAAACAAAAGUUCAACAGUUGAAACAAUGUUGGCGUAUAGCCAGCCUGAGAGGUGGUCUUUAGCCUCUCUAAUGAGUGACAAAAGUCAGAGUUCAAGAAAGUCAUCAUUUGCGUAUAGCUCGAAAUCAAGAAAUGCAAGUAUCUACCUUGAUUAUGAAAUGUCAUCAAUUAGCUACUUGACGUUAGAAGCUUUGCGACACUUUAAAUCCACCCAUAAAAAAAACUUUUAUCAGUCUCAAAUUGAAGAAAAAGUUUAUGAACCAGGAAUAUUCGUUACAAGUGAAAGGGUAGUUAAAAUGCUCGCUAAAUUAUUAGAUAUUGGGUUAGAUCCACCGGACUCUAAAAGUGUAUUUUAUCAACCAAUUGUAUUCAAUACUUCCCCAAGACAGCCAUUUUUCCUAGAACUCUUUUCUAGAACUAUGUGGUUGUUAUCCAAAACGAGAAGAGAAAUGAAGGUUUCAACAAUAGAAGAUUAUUCAAAAGUAAUGAACGUUUUACAAAAACAAGUCAAAAUAGUACUAACUAAAAGACCAAUGACUAUAAAGAUAUUAACUGAUGAAAUAAAAGAGAUAAAUUUUACGACGGUUUCGGAACACUGGCAGGUGUAAAUCUCCUUUACUGGCUUUCUCCAUUUUGAUAAACUAUACAGAAAAACAAUGGCAUUUCAUAGCGAAGGAUGAGUGCACGGCAUGUUAUUGGAUAGAUGCUUUUCAUAUACUGACAGGCAACCCUAAAAGAAGUAACCGCUACAAGAAAGAGUUGGAAGAACUGGUGGAAAUGGACUUGAGACUGAAGAUUAUUGAAUUACAAAAUAUUUCAAUUCCAAAGAAUCCUCCACCCUUGCCACCUCUUCCUAAACCUCUUGUUCCACCCAAACCUCCAGCUUUAUCUGAACAUCUAAAGAAAAAGAUGGCAAGAUGAGUAUGUUCAAAUAACCAGUGUAUUCAUGACAUGGGAAAGAAGUUUGUAAAAACAAGUUGUAAACUAUGAAAUAUAUCAAUAAAAAUAAUUUGAGAA